UGGAGAAGACAAAUGAAAUAGUUUGUGUAAAAUUUGCAAAUUGUGGUGGACCCUGUGCCGGUUUUCUGUUUUCGCAAGACUACCCCGUCCGUGUUUGUCAUUUGUUUGUUAGACAGUAUUUUAUCGUGAGUGUACUGUGCUGUAGAUGUACACCGGAUUCCUAUCUGCAAGGGAGUCAUGUAAAUCGUGGAACUGUUGUGUUUACAGAUAAGUGUAUUAUGUACAAUGUUGGUUCCUAAAAGCAGUAGGCUGAUGGAUAAUAUGAGACACAACCUCUGUUCCUCGGUGUUGUGCAUUCUAUACAAGUGAAACAUUCCCAUCCUGCCACAUUGCUGCGGAUACAAUUUCAAAACGGUAGUCUCGAAAUGUAUUCAAAAGUGCUGAACUAUCCCACGGCUAGCAGCAAUACGAACGCACAUUCACGCUUCGUGGCCAGUUCCUCGGAGGCAGUUUCCACAAGUACAAGCACGAGAUCGUCUUCAUUCAACUACGACAACCUCAGCUACGACGACAUACUGUGCGCGGUUUGUCGAUCAGUUCUUAACGAGCCGGUAUUCCUGCCGUGCCAGCAUCUGUUUUGCCGCAACUGCAUCCGUGGUACGAUCGAAAAAAACAACCUGUACUGUCCGUGCUGCAGGAAACGGUUUGGCACAUGGUAUCGUAAUGCUUCCCGUGCCAACGGGCUGGUGCACGAACAGCUUUGGCGUGCAAUCCAAAGCCAAUUCCGUGAGCACCUGGAUGAAGACAACCCGUCGGGCCCGUCAAAAGGUUCCAUGGCACAACAAAUCCCGCCAACAUCCACCAUACAACUGGCCAAUCAAGGAGAAAUUGGAAAGGAGUACAAAGACGAAUUGAAACGUUUCCAAAAGGAACUUUUCGAAGAAAAGGCUAAAGAACUGUCCGCUUCCGAGCAGUACAUCAUCAAUCUAUACAAGCAGGAAGGUAUUAUUGACCUUGCUGACAACAGCAGCCAUGUUUCUGUGUCCUCGGCGACCACUCCCGAUCUGGUAGAUAGUGCUGGAGGCGAAAAAUGUGCAUUCGAAGCUAAUGCGCCAACCAGCUCCAGUUCAGUGGCAGGACCAUCGACGGUUCGUAAGCAAACUUUGCCAAACCCAAUGGGCACGCUUAACGGAACAAAGGUGUCCGGAUCGUUCAAUGCUAUUUCGCCAUCGAGUGGAAGCGUCAUCUCCAUUUCCUCGACGUCAUCUGCGGCGUCCGGUGUGACCGCUUCGUCGUGCGCUACGUCGUCCGCCUCAGGACGCUACAGUUUAAUUAAAUCCGUUGCCCAAAAGGUCGGCCGGUCUGCAGAGAUCGUAAAACAAAAAGUGCAAGACACAAUCUUGCAUCGAUUAACCGCGGGAAAAUUGCAACAACAUCAACGAACUUUGAACGCCAUCGAUCUCAACAAGAGCGAACUGUGCGUCAAGCCUACCGCAGUGCAUAAGCUAGAACGGCGUGGUGUCGAGGGCGACGGAACCGAAUGCGACGAUUCGGACAGUUUGAAAUCGGAACAGAAUCACUUUAUUCCGAUCGUUCAAUCGAUGCCGAAAAGCAGCUUCUCGUGCAAUACGUUUCGGCGUGUGCCAACCGUCCGGCCAGUUCCAUCACCGCUUAAGUACGAAUCGUCUCCGAAGAGCAGUUUGUUUCAGCCGUUAAAACACAAAAGAUCGUUGUCCGCAUUUAAGGUUGUGAGAUUAUCAGUUCUAACUCCACUGAUAAACCCGUGGCCGGAAAGCUGCGAGCAAUCGGCUGAGUCCCUUGGGCCUUCCACCCUGAAAAAGAAAGUCCCCACCCCGAGCAGGACACCGCGUCCACGUCCACGAGGACGGCCUCGUCGUACAAAGCUCAAGUUUUCACCCACCAAAAUACAAAAACCUUCGGCAAAGCAAGCAAAUACCGUGAGUUUUUCCGCCAACAGUCGAACACGCCGCACCGCAGUGGAAGGGCCUAGCACUAUAAAGCAAAUUAUAGUUAGCGAUCAGCAACGUCGGGAGCAACAGAUUGAAAUGGAACGGCGGGAUUUUGAGUUUGCCCAAAAGCUGCAACAAAAGCUGAAUCGAUCGUCCGGUGUAAUGCAGGAGAUACUAAGGCAACAGCCUCCGAUUUAUCGUAGCACCGGCUAUUCGCUCCGCCGCAAAGUCCCUGCCGAUGUCAGCGCCAGUAGCGAUCAAAAUAAUAGCACCGUGUUCAACAGCUCGGCCAAUAGUAUGCCUAGUCCAAGCAGCACAAACAAAACACCCACUCAAACGACGCGCAAACGUAAGGCUACCAGCAGCAGUGUGGAAAACGACGUUCCUUCCAGUUCCUCGCCGGCAAAGCGAGUUACAACACAAAUGAAAACAAGACGUCAAACGAGACAGUUUCGAAUGAAAAAUGGAACCGGUUCUAGUCUAGACGAACCGCCAGAUCAUCUGGAAGUACAGCAAAAGCAUUCGUGUCAAGCACCACAGCGUAAGUCUACUAGAAAUAAGACCCGUUAAGGUGAUUGGUACGUUCUCUUACACAACAGCAAACACGUGGCUAUCGAUAGGGCGCAUCAAAUCAAAAGUAGACAUUGUCCUUGUUGUUCUUCAUGCAACGUAUUCAUCGAAAAAAUGGCAAAUUAGAACGAUUUUUCAUACGAGUGAAACUGCACUUGAUAUUUGGACCCAAUUCAGUUUACUUUAAUUUAAUUAUAAUUCUUAUUCUUCUAUAUCGUCACAACAUCCUCAAAAGGCAUGCAAAGUCUAGGGCUGCCACCAUUUCUGGCAUUUUUCGACUUUAUUUACCCACAGCUGGAUUGUCUAGUCCUGCGUACGGCGGAUUGAUAAGGAUGUGGUUUUUGAACCGAUACGGUUGGGUGAUGCCUAUGGUUACCUCCUAGCCGUAUCACCCAAAAAUGGAUGAUGUACAAAAAGCCAAGUAAGCAUUGACAGCGUCUCCACGGUAAUUAUUGCGAUUUUUGACAUUGCGUUGAACGUGUCAUUUUUUUUAUCGUCGUUUAAAAUUUGUCCAUUUUUUCAAUGCUUACGUUAAUGCAUUUCCAUUAAUUUACAGCUUGGUGAGAAAUGGUGAAUGAUUUUCUGAUUUGUCUGAAUGAACUGAUGUAUCUGUGUAAAACAGGAUGAGCGAAAUGAUAAUCCAACUAGGAAACUAGUGCUGGGACAUGACAUCGAACAUUUCGAGUCAUUUUCGGUGUAGAAACAUAUAACUUGGCAGCAAAGUAAUACUCCAUUCGAAAACGUUUAUUUUUCUAUGUACGUACACGUGAUCUUUGCAUCUAGUUUAAGAGAUUAACCCGUAUGUUAAAAAAAAACACGUAUGAUUCUGUUUAUGUAAAGUUCACAUGCCUGCCCUCACUAUACGCUCCAAACACUCCGAAGCGGUGACAGAAUUGCAGUGCAUCGUAGAUUUUUUUUUUUGAUUAUCGCGUCAAAAUCAGCAAUGCCACUGGUUUGGCAAAAGAGAUUAGGUAACGAACAGUAUCAAACGGUAGAGAUGUAUGUGAAGGCGCAGAAGCAACAAUUCUGUCGAUCGGAUUCCAAUACGUAGUUUUGUAUAUUUUUUUCGACUUCGAUACCUAUGUACAUGAAUGUCAUGCCGUGCACAAAGGAUUCGGAUGUUGUGCCGCGGUCCAGGAUCUUCUAACUCGCAUUCUACAAUAUUGCAUUUACGAUAAAGAAACGUAGGCCAUAUUCCGAAAACCGGUGGUUUGUGUGCAUGGUGUGCGGUUUUUUUUGCUUUUUAUUUGCGUAAGAAGUCGAUUUUUGCUUUCUUUUACAGAUCAAACAAACGGUGUUGCAAUCGUAAAAGUCGCGGAGACUAGAUUUUAGACGCAUGUGUCCGAAGUGCGGACCUUUCUACAUUACUAAUGCAGUUGCGGAAGCAAGCAAAACUCAAACUAAAAAAUAAGCCACCAUAAACGAUACACUCGGCAACAGAGCGAGCAAAAUAAAGUUAUCAUCAUUAUAGAACCGUCGUUUACUUCUUCGCCGGCUUGCCGCCGGUUGCCUUGCUUCCGGGGAAGUCAAU